AUGCUGCGUUAGUCUGUCACGGAUGGCGCAUGAAAAUUGUGUUGCGUUUCUUCCAAACAUCAUGAGAAAUCUCUUGUUUACCUUCAUGAAAUGAAUGUUUAAUAAGUGUUCACGUUUAUUUAUCAGUAUGAGCGGUCCGUGUAGAGAGGUUGUGACUCUUCAGCUCGGACAUUAUUCCAACUUUAUCGGCACUCACUGGUGGAAUCUGCAGGAUGCAUCUCUGUGUUAUGACCCGGAUGGGGCGCCGGCUGAGCUGCAGGGUGAUGUGUUGUUCAGAGAGGGUCUCACUCUGGGCGGCCACGUCACAUACACCCCCCGACUCAUCGCCAUGGACCUCAAAGGGAGUCUUCAGACGCUGCCGCAGGAGGGACGGUUAUAUGAACCCGAGAGUAAAGCUGCAGCAUGUACAUGGGAUGGACAGAUUACGACCCACAGGGAAAGUCCAGCCAGCAGAAACUCUUUCCUGCGAGAUCUGGACAGUCUGGAUUCAGCAAGUUUUCUGGCUCCUGACCGCUGCUCAGUAACCAGCGCAGAAUCCGCCGUUGCCACGGAGACGAUAAACGAUAUUCUGGAGCGGAUACAGAAAUCCUACAGGCUGGAGGGCAGCGUGAGGGUGUGGUCGGACUUUCUGAGGAUUCAUCUUCACCCGCGCACCAUUUCUGUCAUUAACCAGUUUAAUCAUGACGGUGAAUCGGAGCGUCUGGAAGUGUUCGGUCAGGGCACGGUGCUCUUACAGGGCUCAGUGUUGGAGGAUUUAGAGGACCGGCUGCAUUUUUUCGUGGAAGAAUGCGAUUAUCUGCAGGGAUUCCAGCUGUUCUGUGAUCUCACGGACGGCUUUUCAGGCUUGGGGUCAAAGGUCACAGAGAUGCUGCAGGACUCUUAUGGAGGGCGUGGCAUCCUCACGUGGGGCGUGGCUCCUGUCAAUCACCCAGACACGAGCUCUAUAAAGGACGUCUUUCAUAUGAUGAACUGUGCGUUGGGAACGGUCAGUAUGGCCAAUCACAGCUCGCUCUUCUGCCCUUUGACCCUGCGGGGGGGUCUGGGGAGACGUCCACCUCCACCCACCGCCUUCCCACUGCUCAACUAUGAUCCCGAGUUGUGGUUUCACUCCAGUGCUGUUUUGGCUCUUGCGUUGGACGCUAUGACGGUGUCGUACAGACUGAGACACAACAGCGCUCCCAUGUGGCAGCUUUCAGACGCUCUGACCGUCUCCGGGAGGAAGGUUGUUUCGGCUUACGGCUCUGUUCCAUUUCCCAUGAUGCACGGCAGCUGUCUCCCGGCGGCUCUGGAUGCUUUUGCUAAUGCGUUGCCAUGGAGAUCCCUAUCAGCUUGUCCAGAGCUUGGCGACGGAUGCUGCUUUGGCCAAUCAGUAACUCUGAAAGGCUUAGAGGGGCGGAGUUUAGUCAGUCCCCUGCUGCCGGGCACAGAGCCGGCCAGUCCGCUUCACUCUGAACGCUCUGGAGAAGAUGUUCUCACCGCUUACACCCGACUACAUUACCCAUCAACACCACUGGCGGUGCAGUUGGUGUCCAGUCCCAGUAAAGUCACGGCUCCGUUCCCUCAGAUGUUCAGUCCGGCUCUGACUCCACAGGGUUUCCUCCAGAAUCAUCCUGCGCUUCCUGUCUCCGCUGCUCGUCCUGUGUCGAGUCUUCCGGUCCUGACGUCUCUUCAGUCCAGUCCGGCUGCGGGUCUUCAGCUGUCAGAGUUGCAGAAAGCGUGCUCUGCGCUGGACAUGCGUCGCGUGGCUCCCAGUUUCCUCUCUCAUGGACUGGAGCUCAGCGAGCUGACUGAAGCGAUGGAGCAGCUCCGCAGUCUCGCUCACUGUUAUCAACACAACCAGCUUCACUCUUCAUCGGAUGAGGACGAUGAUUGACACGUACUGACGCUGGAGAGUCAAAGCACCGCCCGGUUCAGUCGCGCUUCUAGAGAAAGAGCUGAACUGUGUUCACGGCAUGUUCUCGCUGAACAUGAUGGGAUGUGAGCUCACUGAACGAGCCCUAGAAGAGAGCUGGAGAGAUUCAGAGAAAGACGCAGGAUAGAGAUCUGCAGGGCAGAUGAGAUGUGUGUAAACCUGCAUCACAGAUCCCAGAGAAAUGGGAUCAAAUGUGUCUGUAAGAAUGAUAACGGUUGCUGUUAUUAAAAUGUUGCUCAUCAAAUACACGUUUCAUUAAACGGUUUUAUUCUGACUGACUGAAGUUUUCUGAUGUGUGUACUUAAUGAAAUACACAGAUGUAACGCAACAGAAUUUUAUUGUCAUGUCCUUUUCCUCAAACUGAAGUAUUUCAGAGCUUACAAAACAACAUGAAUGAUUAUGAAAUGAAGAGUUUCCAAAAGAGAUAUCAAAAAUCAUGUUUUUAUUGUGUGUGUUGCGUUAGUUAGCUGUAGUUUUUUGUCAUUAUUGCUUAAAUCAAAACCGCAGCAGUUUGAUAUUAAUUGGAAUGCAUAAUAAAAAAACAUGAUCUCAUUUUAGAACAAAACUCUUCAAAUACUGCUGAUGUUAAACUAUACAAAAAGUAAACCGUUGUUUUUUAAAGAAAAUGUAUUUGCUUUUUAAAAACUUUAAAUUUCAAUUUUGUCAGACACUCGGUGUGUUUGGAGAAGCAUCUGACGGCUCCCUCCUUUGAGACUCAAAACCUUUAAUUGUCCUUCUGCUGUGAACUAUGGUGGUAUAUACUGUAUAUAUAUAUAUACGUGUAGAGGAAUGUAUACAGUUCUUCUCAUUAGUUUAAAUACAAUUCUGUCAUUUAUUCUUUCUCGUGUAUGCAAGUCUUUCUUCUGGAACACAAAAGAAAUAUUUUGAGAAAUGUCGGUGGUUUUGUGUUCAUACAAUGGAUGUCAAUGUGGUUCAGUAUUGUUAUCAACGUUCUUCAAAAUAUCUUCUUUUGUGUUCUGAAGAAGAGAGAAACUCAUUCAGGUUGACAUGACAUGAGGAUGAAUCAUGAAUUCAAAUGUUUGUGUGAACUAUCGUCCUUUAAAUACAGUGCAAUAUUACCUACAUGACCAAUGAAUUUGUUUUUAAUAGUUGUCGACGAGUCUCUUGUUUGAGCCGAGAUAUGAAAGAGCUUCCUGUCCUUCAGUAAAACCCUGCAGCUCCUGCACAAUCUUGAUGUUUCCAGCAGUGAGUGUGUGAUGAGCUUCACACUUGAAGACUCCAUACAUUAUAAGAGGGGUGUAUGUAAACGUUUUGUAGUUCUAUACCCCUCAAAAGAUACAAACAAUAAACACAAAUGAUCAAAAGACUCAAGCUCAAUGUUGCUUCUCAAAUUUUCCAUCAUGUAGUUUCUUAUAACUUAAAGGGGUAGUUCACUCCAAACAGAAAAUUCUGUCAUCGUUUACGUACCCUCGGAUUGUUCCAAACUUGUUUAAACGCUAAACACAAAGGAAGAUAUUUGUAGGAAUGUCAGUGAACCAAAGAUCUCAUUGACUCCCGUAGUAUUUAUUUCCCCUACUAUGGCAGUAAAUGGGGGAUGAGAUCUGUUUGUUACCUUCAUUCUUCUAAAUAUCUGCCUUUGUGUUCAGUAGAACAGAGAAAUGUAUACGGGUUUGGAACAACCUGAGGGUGAGUAAACGAUGACAGGAUUUUCAUUUUUGGGUGGAGUGUCCCUUUAACUGUAGUGGUAUUAACCACCUUUAACAUGUUCUUCGUGUGCAUGGAUCAUUACGACAUGAUGUGUGAUAUGGGAAAUAAAACUUUAUGUUUGUCAAAGACUGAAAACCCCCUUUUUUUUUAGCAACAGCCGACGCAACAGAAAUAUUAUGUAUUACCCAUACAAUAUAAAAACAGAUUAUGUUGAUCUACAAUUACAAAUCCAUUAACAGUGUGUUCGU